GUUAAGAAACCGGAAGUCCGUUUAGCACAACUGCGGUUGUUGACACCGAGCAUCCAUAGCAAUACAUUACGCUGCCAUUUGGUAGACGAUCGUGUUUCAAACCACGUGCGCUAACGUUCAUUUUAUCUCAGUUGAUCGUGUUGUUGUCUGGUUGCCGGUUAAGUCUCCGCUGAAGCUGCUCGCAUAGCUCGGAGAAAAAGCCAGCCUUUAAUGGAGGGAGUUUGCUAGGCGGCCAUGGCAAGAGGGUUUAAGUUCAGCCAAUAUAAUUUCACCGGUUACUUUACUUUUCAGCUUUGAUUGCAGUUCGGUGCUUGAAACGGGUCGGGGCAACACUCAUACCAAGAUGACAAUGGAGCUGGAUGUGUUCGUGGGUAACACCACCAUCAUGGACGAGGAGGUGUACCAGCUCUGGUUGGAUGGAUACACGGUGAACGAUGCAGUGAAGGUACGAAUGGAUGGAGGAGUGAUGGAGGAGUGUGAGGCGAGUGCAGAUGUUCUGCUGAGUGACACCAUGGACCAGUACAGGACUUUCCAGAUGUGUGAGCGUCUGCUGCACAGUCCAUCCAAACUAGGCAACCAGCUACUGUUCCAGAUCCCACCUCAUCGACAAGCCAUGCUCAUAGAGAGAUAUUACACCUUCGAUGAUGCAUUUGUCCGUGAGGUGCUGGGAAAGAAACUCUCCAAAGGAACCAAGAAAGACUUGGAUGAUAUUGGAGCCAAGACAGGUGUGACACUGAAGAGCUGCAGACGACAGUUUGACAACUUCAAACGUGUUUUUAAAGUUGUGGAAGAGCUGAAGGGACCCCUGGUGGAGAACAUCCGUCACCACUUUCUGCUUUCUGACAAGCUUGCGAGGGAUUAUGCUGCCAUUGUUUUCUUUGCCAACAAUCGCUUUGAGACGGGGAAAAGAAAGCUGCAAUAUCUCACAUUCCAGGACUUUGCUUUCUGUGCUGGGCAGCUUAUCAGCAACUGGACUGUUGGGGCUGUUGAUAACAUGGUGGAAGACAUGGACGUGGAUCUCGAUAAAGAGUUUUUACAAGAGCUGAAAGAACUUAAGGUUUUAAUCACAGACAAAGAUCUGCUGGAUCAACACAAAAGUUUGGUCUGUACAGCUCUCAGAGGAAAGACUAAAGCUUUUAAUGAGAUGGAGACUAAUUUUAAGAAUCUAUCCAGAGGCCUUGUCAACAUUGCCGCAAAGUUAACCAACACAAAGGAUGUCAGAGAUUUCUUCAUUGAUCUUGUGGAGAAGUUUAUUGAGCCGUGUCGUUCCGACCGAUGGACAGCUGCGGACAUUAGACUCUACCUUACUCACUACAACAACUCUGCACACAUACUUGACACAUUCAAACAUCAGGUUGUGUGGGACAGAUACAUGGGCGUUGUCAAAAGCUGUAUCUUCAAAAUGUAUCACGACUGAAGCAGUUUCUUCGCAGCUCACCCCUCAUUUCUCGACGCUUCUCCCUCUUUGGUUUUCUGCCCCCCCCCCUACAAAGCCAUUAUCUUAACCCUUCGGUUUGUUUCGUUUAGUCAGCGGUGAUUAAUUAAGCCCCAUUAUUGCACCUAUAACGUCUGUGCAGUGUCUGUACAUUUUGUUUGUAAAUAAAAUGAACAUAUUU